AUGACGUUCGCCGAGAAGUAUUCAACAAUGAUUCCUCGCCUCGCAUCCCGAGCGCCGAUGCUCUGCUCCCGCUACGGGAUAGCAUCGGCGCGUACUCGCCCGCCGUGGGCCGCGCCGCCAAGCCUGCCGUUGACACAACGGCUCCGAACCACGGCCGCGCCGCGACGACCGCAAGCUUCUACCCCGCCCGCGACGACGGCGCCGCUGCCCAACACGGCCAAGACGACGACGACAGACGCUGCCAAGCCGGCCGCCGUCAAGAACAACGACCCCCUGACCCUGCCCGAAAAGACAGUCACGGAGCAGCGCAAGGCCGACUGGGCCAUCAUGAAGGAAAUGUCGCGGUACCUGUGGCCCAAGGACAACCUGGGCACCAAGUUUCGCGUCAGCCUUGCCGUGGUGCUGCUCAUCGGCAGCAAGGUGCUCAACGUGCAGGUGCCCUUUUACUUCAAGAGCAUCGUUGACUCGCUCAACGUCGACGUGGCGACCCUCGGCGGCACCGCCACCACCGUCGCCGGCGCCAUGAUCAUCGGCUACGGCGCCUCGCGCAUCGGUGCCACCAUCUUCCAGGAGCUCCGCAACGCCAUCUUCGCCUCGGUCGCGCAAAACGCCAUCCGCUCCGUCGCCCGCAACGUCUUUGACCACCUGCUGCGCCUCGACCUCGCCUUCCACCUCGCCAAGCAGACGGGCGGCCUCACGCGCGCCAUUGACCGCGGCACCAAGGGCAUCAGCUUUCUGCUGACCAGCAUGGUCUUCCACGUGCUGCCGACGGCCCUCGAGAUUGGCAUGGUCUGCGGCAUCCUCACCUGGCAGUACGGCGUCAAGUUUGCCGCCGUCACCGCCCUCACCAUGGUCGGCUACACGGCCUUUACUAUCUGGACGACGGCGUGGCGCACCAAGUUUCGGCGCCAGGCAAACGCGGCCGACAACAAGGCGUCCACGGUCGCCGUCGACUCGCUCAUCAACUACGAAGCGGUCAAGUACUUUAACAAUGAAAAGUUUGAGGUGGCUCGCUACGACAAUGCCCUGAAGCAGUACGAAAAGAGCUCCAUCAAGGUGGCUACCUCGCUCGCGUUCCUCAACAGCGGCCAGAACAUCAUCUUCUCGUCUGCCUUGACAGCAAUGAUGUACUUUGCCGCCGACGGCGUCGCCAAAGGCAGCCUGACCGUGGGCGAUCUGGUCAUGGUCAAUCAGCUCGUGUUCCAGCUCUCCGUGCCGCUCAACUUCCUCGGCUCCGUCUACCGCGAGCUGCGCCAGUCCCUGCUCGACAUGGAGACGCUAUUCAGUCUGCAAAAGGUCAAUGUCAGCAUCACCGACAAGCCGGGCGCCCUGCCGCUCGCCCUGCCCAAGGGCGGCGAGAUCCGCUUCGAGAACGUCCACUUUGGCUACCAUCCGGACCGGCCCAUCCUGCAGAAUCUCAGCCUCACCAUCCCCGCGGGCAAAAAGGUGGCCAUUGUCGGGCCGAGCGGCUGCGGCAAGUCGACGCUGCUGCGGCUGCUGUUCCGCUCCUACGACGCCCAGAGCGGCCGCAUCCUCAUCGACGACCAGGACAUCCGCGAUGUGCAAGUGGACUCGCUGCGGCGCGCCAUCGGCGUCGUGCCCCAGGACACGCCGCUCUUCAACGACACUGUGGAGCACAAUAUCCGCUACGGGUCGGUGGACGCGACGCACGCGCAGGUCGUGGCCGCCGCGCGGCGCGCCCGCAUCCACGACACGAUUGCCCGGUUCCCGGACGGCUAUGAGACCAAGGUGGGCGAGCGCGGGCUCAUGAUCUCGGGCGGCGAGAAGCAGCGCCUGGCCAUGAGCAGGCUGCUGCUCAAGGACCCGCCGCUGCUCUUCUUUGACGAAGCGACGAGCGCGCUGGACACGCACACGGAGCAGGCCCUCAUGGUCAACAUCAACGGCAUCCUGCGCGAAAAGGGCCGCACCAGCGUCUUUGUCGCGCACAGGCUGCGCACCAUCUUCGACUCGGACUUGAUUAUUGUGCUCAAGGAGGGCCAGGUGGCCGAGAUGGGCACCCACCGGGAGUUGAUCGAUAGAGCCGGCGUCUAUGCUGAGCUGUGGAGUGGUGAGUCUUUUGGAUUUUUCAACCCUUUUUACCUUUUUUCCCCAAACGACCAUGGUUCGGGUUACAGAAUUAACGACGUGCUAACGGAUCUGAUUGUAGCACAAGAAACCCUCUUCAAUGAGGAUGGGACGGAUCGGCCAGAAACGACGGCGGAUAACAGCAAGGCUAAGAAGUAG